AUGUCUAAGCAUCGAAGAACCAAAUCAAGUGGAAAUUAUUUCUAAAUUAAUCAUGAAUUUUUAGUUAAAGAUGAUGAUUUCGAAUAUAAUGAAACUAAAUUGAUUAUUCAAAAAAUACAAUAAAUGGCCACUUAAACUCAAUAAAUUGUUGAGAAACUUGAAGAAAACUCUUAGGGAUUCUAUAAUAACUUAUUCAACUUUGGCAAAUAACAAUCUAAAGAAAAAACAGAUCUCAAUCUCAGUUAAAUUUCAGAGUGCAGUUGUAAUACUAACUUUUUUUUAUUGAAUAGCAACUCAUUCAGCUGAAUAUCCAAGUCUUAAAUUACGUAAAUAAAGCAUUUAAUCACCUAUUCGUAUUCAUACUUAAAAUAGUUAAAGUUUACAAUACACUAUUUAAUACUUAGAAUAAGAAAUAGAAUAAAUGAAAAUUCAACAAGAUGAAAUGCAUACAGUUAAUAUGUUUUUAUUAUAAGAAACUUAAAAAAAUCGUUAAGAGUUAUUAAGAAGUUAAAAAGUAAGAUUAAAUUAUAAACAGGUAAAUGAAGAAAGGUUUAAAUAACUAAUCUAAAAGAUUGACAAAGAGUAAUCAAAUGCAAAUGGGUAUUUUCAUAAUAUAUUUUUAACAGUAGUACUUCAGAUGGUCUAGAUUGA